UAAAAAGAAGAUUAUUAUGUCAACUUUGUCUCACAUCUCUAAUCUAGUUACUUACGAUCUCUAUGAUCACAAUACGUUAAAACGUCAAAACAAGAUGUAGAAAGGAUUGAUUGAAAAUUGUACAUUGGAAAAUAUUGAAAUAAAGUAAGUUUGUAAAAGAAGUUAUCAUGUCGUCUCGAGUUUUAAGAAAGCUUCAAGGAGAUAAGGAGAAGGAGCUUCAAGAAGAAGUUUCCGACACUGAAACUGACACACCAGUAAGUGGAGGAGCUCGACGAAAGCAGUUAAAUAUUAAUCGCUAUGAUUUGUUAAAUCAACAAUCACAUUCAGAAAGUGAAGUGAAAGAAGAUGAUAAUGAGACUGAAGCUGCAAAAUCAUGUGAGGGAGAACAUCAUGAGAUUAAGAAAAAAAAGAAAAAGAAGAAGAAAAAAUCUGGUAAACACACUAACGCACAAAGAAGUAGUGAAGACAAUGCAGAUGUUGAUGAAGUUGAGAAAUCUUUAAGGGAGGUUAAUCGAAUAUUGGGCGAAGAUUAUACGUCACACACUGCUCCUAUUUCACAACUGAAACAUGAUAGAACUAAUGUGAGGAAGAACAUUUUGUCUAUUCAACACAAACACCUCAAUCCAAAUAAUGAAUUGAAAAGAAUUUUUGGACCCAAAAUUGUUCAAAGUGAUCAUAAACGUAAAAAUCGAGGAGGUGGAAGAGGACAUGUAAAACAAACGACAAUGAUAAAUUGCAAAGAAAAUUUCCCCAAUGUUGGAAAGUCGGGUCUUUCCAUGUCUUAUUUAGAAAACAAAAACAACAUUCAAUAUUUUACCUACGAACACAGUCAGAAUUAUAGACAAGUACAAAAUAAAUUUUUGGAUGCAGUGGAGAGUUUGGAUCCUGAUAAGAUUGUUGAUAUAAUAAAUCAACAUAAAUGCCAUAUUGAUGCUUUGAUUCAACUAUCAGACCUUUGUAAGUUAAGUGAAGAUUUUGCUACGGCAGCUGAAUUGAUAGAAAGAGCACUAUAUUGUUUAGAGUAUGCUUAUCAUCCUUUGUUCAACGUUGCUCAAGGGAAUUGUAGAUUAGAUUAUAGGAGACAAGAGAACAGAGCUUUGUAUAUAACAAUAUUUAAACAUUUAAUGUUUAUUGGUGGAAAAGCCUGCUACCGUACUUCACUAGAAUUUUGUAAAUUAUUACUAUCUCUGGAUCCGGAAGGCGAUCCGUUGGCUAUAAUUUUAGCUAUAGAUUUUUAUGCGAUCAGAGCUAGGGAAUACCAAUGGUUUAUUGACUUUGUCACUGAAUUGGAUAAUUCCAAAAAUUUAUUAUGGUUACCUAAUUUCGCAUAUUCACUGGCAGUUGCGCACUUCUACUUAGGCGAUAGCGCCAAAGCGGAUCUGAUAUUACAAGAUGCUUUUUUGAAAUUUCCUGGAGUAUUACUACCGCUCGUAGAAAAAUGUAGCAUACAGACAGAUAACAGAGUUACUAGUCAUCCAUUCUUUAUCAACGCCGACGGUUUAAAAAAGCAACCACCAGCUUUAACUCAACUGAUACUCUUGUAUGUGAAUAGAAGUUACCACAUAUGGAAAGACAGUGAUCUCAUACCUUGGUUGGAAAAAAAUGUCCAUGAGACAUUGGAUCGAGUGGAGAAAAAUGAUCCGAUCAUAAAUGAAUAUGAUUUAAAGAGGAUGAAAAGCUUCCACGGAUCUUUACCUUUAAGCAUAUCUCGGCACAUUUUGUUAUCUGAUAUAAAGGGAGUUUCUCCCAUGACUGAUGAAAGUAGUGGACCCGUUAUGAGUUUUGAUCCACUACCACCAAAAGAUUCCAUUAAUUUGUAUACACGACCAAAACGACCUGCAUUUACACAACAAGGUGGAAAUACACUUGGGAUUUUCUUCAGAUCGUUUUUACCUAACUUCAACCCAAAUUUACCAGAACCAGCCAGAGAAGAAGAUGGCGCCCGUGCUUUACCUUUAGCCGAAAACACGGAAGUAGGAGAUUUCCGAACUAGCGUCGCAUCUUUGGUGGACGCUAUGAGAGAUUUAUUGAACAACAUACAACCGGAAGUACCAAACGAUGCAGACGGUGAAGAAAACGAUGAUUCAUUGGACGGGGACGAUUUAACAUGAUCAAGUUUACAUAAUAUGUAGGAUAAAAUACAAUUAAAGCUUUAAAAACA